AUGAAAUCAACUAAUGAAUUAUCUUCUUCUUCUUCAUCAUCUAAUCAACAACAAUUACAGAUAUCUUCAAAAAUUAAAUUUUCUAUUUGGAAUACAUUUAAACAUCAUAUUCCACAUUUUCUUAUAACUAUUCUUUUUGAUAUUAUAUUUCCACUUAUUAUUUAUUUUAUUUUACAAAAAUAUAUUAAACCUGUUUAUGCAUUAUUAGCUGCUGGUACUCCACCAUUAUUUAUGGUUAUUUUUAAAGCAAUAUGGUUUUGUACAUUUGAUGCUCUUGGUUUUCUUGUUUUUGUUACUUUUGUUAUUUCAGCUUUUGUUGCUAUUAUAACACAUAAUCCAAUUAUAUUUCUAUUAGAAAAAUCUCUUGUUACUUGUAUACUUUCAAUUAUAUUUACUAUAACAUUAAUACCAUUUCAUUGUUAUCAUCAUCGUUAUCAUUUACGUCCACUUGCUUAUUAUAUGUAUCAAGAUUUAGUUCCAACAAAUCGAAAAGAAAUUGGAUUAUCUGAAAAUAUAUUUAAUGAUGAACAAGAACAAAUUAAUAAUCAAUAUACACAACUUCAUGAAGAAAUUUUAUUAGAAAAAUUAUCAAAUAAACAAGAAAUAGCUCAAGUAUAUGAAUGGAUAUAUAAUAAUUGUUCAUCAUUUCGUAUUUCAUGUUAUAUGAUAACAAGUAUUUGGGCAAUAGGAUUUCUUUUAGAAUUUCUUACACGAUUAUUUCUUAUUCUUAUUCAUUUAUCAAUUAAUAAAAUUGUUCUUUAUGGACAUAUAAUACUUAGUUCAAUAACAGUUUUAUGUAUUAUAUUAUCAAUUAUAUGCAUGAUAAUUGAACGAAAAAAAACAUUAUUAUUUAUUGAAAGAUGGAAUAUGAAAGAAAACGAAAAAAAAUCAUUAGAAAUAU